CCAUAGGUUAUACACAUGUAGGGCACAUGCUCACGCAUCUGACAUCCACAGUAUGCGCAGACAAGAUUGAAAUGCGGGAUGAAUGGAAGCUGUUGUUAUUACCGCAGGUUACACACAUGUAAGGCACAUGCUUACGGAUCUGAUGUCCACAGGACGCGCACACCAGAGAGACUGGUAUUCAAACGGAAUCAUCUGGUCUUGGGCUGCGCUGUUUGGGGGUAAGACUCUCCUAGGGUCCAGGAACGUAUCUCCUUCGCCAUGGAGCGCCCUCGCUCGGAUUUUGGGCAAAAUGCUCUCCAAAGUAAGCCGUCAUGUUACCGAGGUUGAACUUGAAUCCACUCUAGAGGGCAUCGCAUAGUUGCGCCUAGAGAAACUGGUGGCGCUUGUAGAGCGGUUUGAUGAUAGCGGCACCGGGUAGUUAUUCUUGAAAUUCUUGAUGAGAGAGAAUGACAGAUCUCUUCUAACAGUGUCGCUGAAUCGAAAACCCGAGACAACAUAAGGAUUGAAUCCAUCUCGUCUGAUGAAAAGCGCUUCGGAAAUUAAUAUAAUAAUCUCCUCGAUUCUCGGCUGUCA